GAAACGUCAAACCGUUGUCGGACUUCACAGGAAAAUCAACGCGUCAAGUUUGUUCCGCUUCGGUGGAUUGAAUUCGUAAAUUUCCAGGUGAACUAAAAGCAUUGCGUCUCAAGAACCGGCGAUGAGCUCCUACGGUUGUAGCAAUUAGCAAAUACUUUUACCUAGUUGUUUGUUCAAACACGAAACCGCUGCGGUAAUCUGGUCUAUUCGAACCAAGAGUCAGCUAGAAGGUCUCUCACAUCCUCUGUGGUUUGGGAAACACUUUUGGAUUGCACGGAAUCAUGGCAAAUAAGAUGGUCGGGAAGGGUAAAUUGCCCGUUGAAUCAGAAGAUGCACAAAAGCUACGCUUCCAAGCAGAACUCGAAUUCGUACAAUGCCUGGCGAAUCCAAAUUACCUUCAUUUUCUUGCGCAACGCGGUUUCUUCAAAGAUGGCAACUUCAUAAACUAUUUGAAGUAUCUACUGCACUGGAAGGAUCCAGAGAUGGCCAAGUACCUUAAAUAUCCGAUGUGUCUCUAUUUCCUUGAUUUGCUACAGUACGAACACUUCCGGCGUGAGAUUGUCAACGCUCAGUGCUGUAAGUUCAUAGACGACCAGGCCAUCCUCCUAUGGCAGCACUACACUCGAAGGCGCACGAGACUUACGUCGCUGGGAACGACGAGCCUCACUGGUUUGGCUGUCGGUGGUCAGCCGGUCGGUGGCGGCGUCCAGGGGCCUCUACUGUCCAACGAGCCGAUUCCGAUGGCAAACAACAAUAACCCAAACAGCACCAACGCCAACAACCCUCAGCAGCCAGGCCAGCAACAGCAAAACGGUGCUCCAAUAUCUCAGCAGAAUGGUCUUUCGAACAGUACCGGAAUGCCAGGAGGAGUGAUGGGGUCAGGUGGUGGUGGCGGUGGUGUUAAUCUCAGUGGUCCAAAAGUGUCCUAAGUUUUUUUUCUAAAUAAAAUACGAGUGAGAGUAAACAUUUCGAACACCGCAGCUUCGAAAGAUUUAAUGUUUUCUUCUGUAAAAAAGACUGUUCUAUAAAUAUUCUAAUAUCAUGUUUAUUUAAGUAA